AUGGACUUCGCUCCCUACCAGUCGUCUCCCCCCGAGACAGGCCGCACCUCCUUCUCCCCGCCAAACGAACAGCGCUCCCCCCGCACCUCCACCGACUUCAUCCGCCGAUCCCUCUCCCCCUUCCAGCGCCCGAGCCCCCCGCCCCUCCAGCAUCCCCAGCCGCAACGGAGCUGGCAGCCCAUAAUACCGGGCUCGUACCCCGCCGGGGACGCAUACAGGGAAGGCGUGAGCGAGUUUGAUACGAGCUUGGGUGUCCGGCUGGACUACGAGGCUGCGGCUGCGUAUUUAGCGUUUCCGCCGCUAGGUGCGAUAUUCCUUUUGAUAACGGAGAGGAAUAGUGACUACGUGAGAUUUCACGCGUGGCAAUCGAGCUUAAUCUUUACUGCCAUCCUUGUCUUCCACCUUGUCUUCUCCUGGUCCACCUUCCUCAGCUGGCUCUUCUUCCUUGCCGACUUGGCCUUGAUCGGGUUCCUGGCCCUACGAGCUUACCAAGAUGCGGACACCUUAGACAGAUAUGAGGUCCCCUUCUUUGGCCAGCUUGCGACAAGGUUCCUCGACGACGAGUAG